AUGGAUACAGUGGUUGAUAUUAGCGGGUGUGCAGAGCAAGAUAUUGUGAAGUAUAUUUCACACUCAUUCAAGGGAGAAGCUCUAGCUUGGUUGAGGUCCUUAAUCCAAGCUACUGGAAAGAUUUCGUUAGACAACUUAUCAUGGGCUCAGUUUGUUGCUUUGAUCAAAGAGAAUUUCUAUCCUCAACAUGAAGUUGAGAAGAUUGAGACUGACUUCUUGACCUUGGUCAUGAAGAAUUUAGACUGUCAGGCAUAUCUCACAAGUUUUAACACCAUGUCUCGAUUGGUUCCUUACUUGGUGACACCGGAACCAAAGCGUAUAGCCCGUUUCAUUGGGGGUUUAGCCCCGGAAAUCAAAGCUAGUGUGAAAGCAUCUCGACCUACUACCUUUAGGUCUGUAGCUGAUUUGUCAUUGUCUCUUACCCUUGAUGCUGUCAGGAAGAGAUUGCUUAGGCAUUCUGAUGAGGGGAAGAGGAAACGUGAGGAUGAUAACUCACACCAUUCGGAUAAGAAACGUAAAGGGAACUCGGAUCACAAGAAGAGUUCGGGUUUUAGGAAAGAUGACCAACAGUCGGGUGAGAAGCCCAAAUACAAGACCUACAAGAAACGUCAUCUGGGAAAAUGCAGGUAUGAAUCGAAAUCCCAAUCGCAGCCUAGGGCUUGUGGGAUUUGUAAGUAUAGUGAGCAUAAGACGUUGGAUUGUAAAAAGAUAAAGGAUGCAACUUGUUACAACUGUAACGAAAAGGGACAUAUCAAGUCUAACUGCCCAAAGUAUGCCAAGAAACCUUAA